AUGUCAUUCUCUCGAAUGUUUCGAAAUGGCCUAAUUCCUUCACCCAUCACAUGGAGUAAUAAAGUUCAGACUACUAAAAAAUUUUCUUUGAACGUCUCAAGACAAUUUUUUAUACCCCGUUUAACUUAUUUAACGGAAAACAAUUUGCAAUUCAGAAGGAACAAUGCAACCAAUGCCUAUGUAAAUCCGGGCGCCUAUAAAUUUUCCAAACACACAAAGCCUGAUAGAACAAUCGUAAAGCGAAUUGUGUUGACACUUUUCCCAAUUAUAACUUUCGGCCUCGGAACAUGGCAAGUACAACGUCUACGUUGGAAAGUCGCGCUGAUUGAAAAUUAUGAAGAACGCUUGUCUAAGCCAACAGUGGUUCUACCGAAGAAAAUAAAAAUGGAUGCCUUGGACGACUUUCUCUUUAGGCGCGUUAAAACUUUGGGCAGAUUCCGACAUGAUCAAGAGAUGUUGUUAGGACCUCGUUCUUUAGACAAUAAGCAUGGUUAUUAUGUCAUUACACCACUUGAACGAGAGAAUGGGACGACAGUGUUAGUCAAACGAGGAUGGAUCUCCAAAGACAAAAUCGAUUCCAUAACAAGGAAAAAUGAAAAGGGCGACACUGUGGCGGUAGAAGGAUUGUUGAAAACAUCGGACAAGAAAACUUGGUUCACCCCCAAAAAUAAACCGGAAAAAAAUCAAUGGCUAUGGGCUGAUGUAGAAACCAUGGCUGAACGAACAAAUGCGCAACCUGUCCUGAUAGAACAAAUUUUCGAGGGCUCACCUUACUUGACCAAUCAAAUGAUUCAAGACGGUACCCCCGUUGGCAAAACGCCGAGCAGUAUGCGAAUUGAUAAUCUUCUCACGGUCUAUUCAGGUAUUCGUUAUCUGUGGCAACGAGUGCCAUGCUCUAUUUUCUCUUUAAGAAAUCGCCAAAGGAACACGUUAGGCAUACAAGGAGGUGAAAUCGAAACAUUACUUUCACAACGAACAAUUAGUUCUCUCACACUCGAUCAACCUACUUGA